GGCACGGCACGGCGCAGCGCGGACUCGGUUCCCGGGGAUUAGAGAGGAUACGGAGGAGCGGAGUGGACACGGAGGCCUCGACAGCAGCAUCAUUUCUUCUCCACGCGAUACAGGACGGGGGAGCGCGCCCACCGUGCUGCGGGUGUAUGAGUCUGUCUCCCGGUUUGGAUCACGAUGAUGCAAAGUGCGGCGGUUCUACCGACAGAGAGUCCCGUGAAGAGUUUACCGGAGAUCCUCGGAGUGCCACUGCAACAGAUCCCUCAGUGUGCGGGCUGCAGUCAGCACAUCCUGGACAAGUUCAUCCUGAAGGUGCUGGACAGACACUGGCACUCCAAGUGCCUCAAGUGCGCAGAUUGUCAGACUCCGCUGGCGGACAAAUGCUUCUCCAGGGCUGGAAGCGUUUACUGCAAGGAGGACUUCUUCAAGCGUUUUGGGACGAAAUGCGCGUCGUGCCAGCAGGGCAUCCCUCCCACGCAGGUGGUGCGGAAGGCGCAGGACUUCGUGUAUCACCUGCACUGCUUCGCCUGCAUAAUGUGCAGCAGACAGCUGGCCACCGGGGACGAGUUUUACCUCAUGGAGGACGGGAGGCUGGUGUGCAAGGUGGACUAUGAGACGGCCAAGCAGAACGACGACUCCGAGGCGGGGACCAAGCGGCCGAGGACCACCAUCACCGCCAAGCAGCUGGAGACCCUCAAAAGUGCCUACAAGAACUCGCCCAAGCCGGCACGCCACGUCAGGGAGCAGCUGUCCUCGGAGACGGGGCUGGACAUGAGAGUGGUGCAGGUUUGGUUCCAGAACCGGCGAGCGAAGGAAAAGCGUCUGAAGAAAGAUGCAGGUCGACAUCGCUGGACUCAGUUUUACAAAAGCGUCAAACGCAGCCGAGGAGGAACCAAAGUGGAGAAGGAGAGCUCAGCCGACGACGCCGGCCUCAGCGACAGCGAGCUGAGCUUCAGAGACGACCAGGUCCUGUCCGAUCUGGGCCACACCAACGGACUCUACGGCAGCGUGGGUGACAUGACAAACACCGCGGUUCUGAACGGCGGCUUCUCGGUGGACGCGGCGGGGCAAACCUACCACGACAUCCGGGCAGGAAGCCCCUACGGCCUCCCACAGUCGCCCUCCUCCAUCGCCUCGCUGCCGGGCCACACCCCGCUCCUCAACAACCUGGGCUUCACCAUGGACAGUCUGGUGGCGCCGGGCGGCCCGGUCGGCGUGGGCCAGGCUCUGAGGGCCAUGGCGGGAGGCCCCACCUCGGAUCUCUCCACGGGCAGCAGUACGGGAUACCCCGACUUCCCCACCAGCCCGGCCUCGUGGCUGGACGAGAUGGACCAUUCCCAGUUUUGAGCCUGCGGGGCGGCUUUUUACGUUUCCCUCCAGGACUGUCGGUGAGAAAGCGGCCGGGUCGAGGUGUGGUAGCAGUGAAGAACACCUCCGUGCUGAAUGUUCAAUCUCAACACUGUAUCAUACGAUUUUCGUUGACUUUAUUUUCUUGGUUCACUCUCUGAAAAUGAGACUGGAUUUCCGAUACGUCGGCGGAUUAAACUCGCCGGGGGGAGAUAACGUCGUCGCAUCGAAGUCUCCUCUGAGACCCUGGAGGCACCUGCAUGCUUCUGAUUCAUAACGAGUAGGACUUGCUGUCUGGUCAUAUCGAAGCCUUCACAUUGGCGAUGCACUUUACUCUCCUCUUCUUUUUCUACGUGUGCGGACAGGAAGGCAAGAGGCCGAGAGAGAGCGGGAGGAGAGACGUAUGCACAAGGCAAAAACACGGCGUUUCAUUUUGGGGAGGGAAAAUUUACAAGAACAGUGGCACAAGUGUGAAUUUUGAACCAUGCUGACGUUUUUUAAAUGUAUCGCUGAAGCUUACAAGUUGUUAGGGAAGUACCUGGUCCGUCCGUCCGUCUGUUCGUAGAAGCUCCCCCUGUCUGGACGAGGGUGAACACCGUUUAGCUACACAGCAGGUCUCUCUUCUAUAUUUAUAGGUGCUUGACUUGUUCUCGUCUGUGUAAAAGCUGCCUGAGAGGACGUCUGUCAGUAUUAAAUUAUCUCAGACUCGCCAGGAAUCAAAGUGUUUUGAGGACAGUCGAGACGUUUAAAGUUUUUCGAUUCAUUUAUCCCCCCUUUUUUAAAAAAUGCACAGAUGUGUGAGGUUUCCAUUCCUUUUGCAGAGGAAGCUAAGGCACCAUUUUGACACCAAUGAGUAUUAGCAGAUUUAAAAAAAAAAAAAAAAAAAGCUCUUCCGUUGCUUCGGUCUGAUCCAGAGUCUGACCUCUCGGUAAUCUACUCGCUUCGCCUGCGAUCAACCUACUUACUGCCCCCAGAUGUGCAGUCGGCCUGUUGUCCUGCGGCCUCGUGUCAGGGGGAUUAAUGCCGACGUUCAGGGCUCAAAUCACAGUUCAGGCGACUUCAGCUGCAUCUUAAAACCUCCAAUGAUGACUUUUCAUUUGACCUGUUGCGCAUGAAAGCGGCUGUUUUGAUUUAAGGGAAAAUUUGCUUAAAACACGUCAUCUGAAUCGGUUCUUAUUUAUCACAUGGGCACCUUUUUGCAAAGACAUUUGCCAAGUUUUUCCCCUUUUCUUUGUUUUUUUUUUUCACCAGAGGGCAAAUCAAGAAACAAAGUGACACCAUUUAGAAAAAAAAUAGGCUACAGCCCACAAAUAACAGCAUAAAUAUCUAGUAAAUAAAACUAUUCUGGGUUUAAUGUGUAAGUAACUGGGAAAAGAAAUAUCUAAAUGUGCAGAAAUUGUAUUACUUAAUUCAAAAACAGGAGAAAUUAGAAAAAAGUACUUUUUAAAAUUAAUUAUUUAUUAAAUUUAUUAAUUUAUAAAUUGUAGUAACUUUUAUUUUGAAAUGACAUAAAAAUAACUUUGGGAAAUUGCACGUACAAGGGGUUUUAAAGAAAUCUAGUGUACAUUAUUGCUGCUGGAGAUCAAAAAUUGAGUUUAUGUUAGGUGGAUUCACUAAUUAUUUAAUAAAAAGCACUCGUGGUGUAAUUUAUUUCAAAAUAUAAGUUGUAUUUCCUGUUUUCUUCCCUUGAAGAAGCCCAGUCAGUGUUUUUGCUGGUACCUCACAGUGUGUGAUUUGUGGGCUGUAAUCUAAAUUUAAAUUAUAUUCAAACACCACCGUUGAGUCUGCGUUGCCUCAGAAGUUUGCAUCUUAAUUGUUGUAAAUUUUGUACAGUUUGAAAACGUGUUGAUCGUCUUGUUUCAUGAGCGCUAUUUAUUAUUGCCAUGUGUCUUUGAAAAAGAUGUAAAAGAGAGCACUGAAUUUAUUCAUUUAUGCCUUCUGUGUAAUGGUAUGAACUGUGUACAGUCAAAUCUAUAAGAGGAAAAUAAAGCUGAAUCGUCUUUGGGUUA